AAUCACUGAUGCUGCAUCCUUUGCACCGUUCAUCUUUCUUCCUUCGCUUAAACGCAUUAAAUAUCCACAAAAUCAAGAAUAUUUCGUCAAAUAAGCAUGGUAUUCGCUUGCCAAAAAGACUCUUUCCUUAGAGCGUUAAAGACAAAAGUGAUAUCAUGCAAACCCGGCAAAAUCAACGGCAAGGAAGUGUUCGAAGUUGUCCUCGAAGACACCGUGUUGUUUCCCGAAGGAGGAGGACAGGUAAGAAGCUUACUAUUUUUAUAAUUAUUGUACUAAUAACAAAAUUUGGAGGUCAUCUAUUUGCCACCUAAGUAGAGAAAACAUAAUUCGCCUGGCAACAAAGGUAUAUGCUUUCUCAGGGACGUUCCAUCGACCUUCCCGCUCAGACUGACCGGUUCAUCAGGACGUUACAAAUCGAUAUUUUCGAUACUCGAUUAAAAUCGAUAGUAAUCGAUCGAAAUCGAUUAUAACUUAUCGAUUAAUAUCGAGUUUUUGUGAUUAUCGAUUUUAUCGAUUUCUGUUAUUAAACGAUCGAUUUUAUCGAUUUUGAUCGAAAAAAUCGGAAACAUAAAAAAACAUCUCAACAGACAAUGAUACCGCUCGCUAGUUCAGCUUCGAAUGGAAAAAUUUGUAACUUCGUGGGUUCAUGCGGUUACAUGUUCGGAACAAAAUGUCGUAAAAUUAAGAUUUAAGAUCAGUUAAGGUGUAUUUGCCAAAUAGGUCCUUUAUAACUGAAUAAUUUUACAUGCUGUCUUUGGAAAACCUGACUUAUGACUUCAUAGAUGCCUAAAAGAAAUAAAUUACACAUAAUGUAGCUAUCAUUAAUUUUGAAAUGUCAUGUUGGGUCUGUUGGAACGUUCUCUUCUCCGCCUCCUCCGCUGGGAAGAAUCCUUCAUUAGUCUUCUUUAUUGAGACUUGGUUAUUUUAUAAGCUUAUACAGAUAUGUGGAGAUGUCAGCGAACUUUUAUUGCAGGGUUUGCAUAGAGUGUUGAAUUCUUGAAAAAAGUCUUGAAAAUUAAUCUGCCCAGCAGUUUUCCAGACCUGGACAAACUCUGGAAAAUGGAGAUAAAUUCUGGAUACUGGGGGAAAGUCUUGAGUUUUUUUUCAAAGUUACAAAAAGUGCUUUAUAAGGAAAAUUAAUGUUUCGUUUUGGUCAAAUCUUAUUCAAUCUUGCCUGUAUGUCUGCAGCACAUCAUGAGAAAAGCUUUCUCCUUGCAUUUUUCCAGUGAUCACCGAUUUGAUAACCUUGAGUCUGGAAAAAAAAAUACAGUAAUUGUUUGGAAAAAAGUUUGGAAAAAGUCUUGAAUUUUGUAUCCAAAAAUCUGUAUGAACACUGUAUUGACAUCUAGCACAUAAGCAAAAAACUUGAAGGGCUAUGCCAAGACUUUUACUUGACAGCUCGACAGCUAGCAUCCUCGGAGACCCAGGGGCAGUCAGUGGGGUCGGGAGAAAAGGUGGGACAAACGUUUUCAAGUACGGGCAAAAGAGCCUCUGGGUACCGACUCUCACCGAGCUAUUUCCAAAAAUUCAAGCAGAUGUCGGCUCCUGAUUGGGCACAAAAAAUUCUUUGUAUUAUUGUGCCCAAUCAGCGAACAGUUUCUCUUGAGUUCUUUUCGUGAGUUUGUACAUGACAGCUAUUGUUUCGAUCACGGCUUGUGUAGCUCAUGCACCAAAGAAAUGCACCCAGUCAGGAAACUUCCUGUUUGAUAUAAAAUCCUCAUCUGAUUUCAGAAUACUGUCUGCCCGAAAAGCAAAGACACUUUUCCAAAAAUACAAGCUUGAGCUUACAACAAGUAUUCACGCUUGCAUUGGUCACGUCUUGAUUAAAUGUUGGGGAUUUUUUAAAAGAUACUACGAUGGCUGACAACUACGAAAACGUCACAUGGAAAAAGGAAUUCACAUUUUUUCAGUUUCUAUUGUGAUUAUUCCAACUCGCUUACUUUGUCAAAUAGAACUGCAGGAUUGUCAAAAAAGAUUUUAAGUAGCAGGAGAAUAAGAGAAGGUAGCCGGCAUGUGUCUUCCCCGGCAGCGCCGGUAGGGAAAGACAUCACUGUUAUUAUUAUUAUUAUGUCACUCGGGAUAUGUGUUUCCCAGGUGGGGGAAUACAUUUCACUAGGGAUAUGUGUUUCCCAGGUGGGGGGAUGCAUAUCAGUAGGGAUAUGUAUUCCUAUGUAGGCGAACACAUAUCACUAGGGAUAUGUGUUUCCCAGGUGGGGGAACACAUAUCACUAGGGAUAUGGUUUCCCAGGUAGGGGAACACAUUUCACUACGGAUAUGUGUUUCCCAGGUGGGGGAACACAUAUCACUAGGGAUAUGUGUUUCCCAGGUGGGGGAACACAUAUCACUAGGGAUAUGGUUUCCCAGGUAGGGGAACACAUUCACUACGGAUAUGUGUUUCCCAGGAGGGGGAACACAUUUCACUAGCGAUAUGUGUUUACCAGGAGGGGGAACACAUAUCACUAGGGAUAUGUGUUUCCCAGGUUGAGAACACAUAUCACUAGGGAUAUGUGUUUCCCAGGUAGGGGAACAUAUAUCACUAGGGAUAUAUGUUUCCCAGGUAGAGGAACACAUUUCACUAGGGAUAUGUGUUUCCCAGGUAGGGGAACUCAUAUCAAUAGGGAUAUGUGUUCCCCCACCUGCGAAACACAUAUCCGUAGUGAAAUGUGUUCCCCUACCUGGGAAACACAUAUCCCUAGUGAUAUGUGUUCCCCCUCCUGGUAAACACAUAUCCCUAGUGAUAUGUGUUCCCCCUCCUGGUAAACACAUAUCCCUAGUAAAAUGUGUUCCCCUACCUGGGAAACCAUAUCCCUAGUGAUAUGUGUUCCCCCACCUGGGAAACACAUAUUCCUAGUGAUAUGUGUUCGCCUACAUAGGAAUAUAUCACUAGGAAUAUGUGUUUCCCAGGUAGGGGAACACAUGUCACUAGCGAUAUGUGUUUCCCAGGUGGGUGAACACAUAUCACUAGGGAUACGUGUUUCCCAUGUGGGGGGAUGCAUAUCAGUAGGGAUAUGUAUUCCUAUGUAGGGGAACACAUUGGGCGAUUCCAGAAAAUAUCCAUACCAUACCACGGACGGCUUUUAGGAUUUCCGAAGGGGAGGGGGGGUUCACGAUUACGGAUUUCUGAGGGCAUGGGGGGUAUUUACGAUUGGAAAUCCGAAGGCAUGGCGGAAUUCCACAGGUGGGAUUUCUGGAGUAGAAAGUGUAGAGUGAGUUCCUUGAAAACGCUAUUGUUGUGGACUUUUGUAGUUCGUAAAUAAACCACGAACGUAUGACCGCGGAAGCAGAAGACAAGCAUCGAUAGAUCAGACACGUGUUUAUGCUCAUAACUUAUAGAAGUGAACAGUAAAAUGUGGGUUUCACAUUAACCUUGAUGAAUUUCUUGUCACAUGAAAAAAAAAACGAAUAUGUAUCUUACUGCUUGCAAGUUUCUUGUUACUCCCGUCCGAUGAACAGUAAAAAGACUAAGACCAGUCCCUGGCUUCCAAGGAACGCCUGUCAGAUUAGAACACUUUUCGUGGCACACUACUUGACGUAUAAAAGGACGCAACACGCCUCGACGGUAUAUAUUUGACCACCGAAAGAUUUUAAACGGUCUGAAUUUGAGCUAUUUUGCUUUGUAAACGUCAAAACAGCACAAGAAAACAAAGAGGAGUAAAAUUGCCGUUAGUGGUGUUUAUUUUUAUUGCCAAAUUCGGACCUAAAAAGGAGUUUGCACAGCCUGUCUACUAGCGGUAGGUUAGAGUCUGAAAGCUUGUCGCCUGGCGCCGUUAGAUCACAGCCUUGAGGAGGCAUAAAGUCAUGUUCGUUUGUUCAUAUAGGCGUUGCUAAGUUGAAAAUGUACUUCCAAAAAAACGGAAAUUCUGAAGGGGAGGGGGAGUUCACGAUUAUGGAAUUCUGCGGGCAUGGGGGGGUAACGCAUUUUGGAAGGGGGGGAUAAAACAUGGAAGCCGUCCGUGGUUGGGUAUGGAUAUUUUCUGGAAUUGCCCAUUUCACCAGGGAUCUGUGUUUCCCAGGUGGGGGAACACAUAUCACUAGUCAUAUGUGUUUCCCAGGUAAGGGAACACAUAACACGAGGGAUAUGUGUUUCCCAGGUUGGGGAGCACAUAUCACUAGGGAUACGUGUUUCCCAGGUAGGGGAACAUAUAUCACUGGGGAUAUGUGUUUCCCAGGUAGUGGAACACAUUUCACUACGGAUAUGUGUUUCCCAAGUGGAGGAACACAUUUCACUAGGAAUAUGUGUUUCCCAGGUCGGGGAACACAUAUCACUAGGGAUAUGUGUUUCCGAGGUAGGGGAACACAUUUCAGUAGCGAUAUGUGUUUCCCAGGUAGGGGAACACAUAUCACUAGGGAUAUGUGUUUCCCAGGUAGGGGAGCACAUUUCACUACGGAUAUGUGUUUCCCAGGUGGGGGAACACAUAUCACUAGGGAUAUGUGUUUCCCAGGCGGGGGAACACAUAUCAGUAGGGAUAUGUGUUUCCCAGGUAGGGGAACAUAUACAGCUAUUUCGAGAAAGGUUGUCGCAAAACAUGUGCACGCGACAAUCCCAAAAGGUAAUAUGGGAUAUGAUCAAUACAUUGUUCCUGACACUGUAGCUGUAGAACCUACUUUUGUUGCUUUCCUUUAGCACUCGCAGACAUAUGUCGACGGCCUCUCCUGCCAUUCUUUCAAAUUUCUUUGAAAAACAGUCAGGUCAAAACCACCCACAAUACCUUUCGGGUUUGUCGCGUGCACUUUUUCCAACAACCUUUCUCGAAAUAGCUGUAUUACUAGGGAUAUGUGUUUCUCAGGUAGGGGAACACAUAUCACUAGGGAUAUGUGUUUCCCAGGUGGGGAACUCAUAUCACUAGGGAUAUGUGUUUCCGAGGUAGGGGAACACAUUUCACUAGGGAUAUGUGUUUCCCAGGUAGGGGAACACAUAUCACUAGGGAUAUGUGUUUCCCAGGUAGGGGAACACAUUUCACUACGGAUAUGUGUUUCCCAGGUGGGGGAACACAUCUCACUAGGGAUAUGUCUUUCCCAGGUGGAGGAACACAUAUCACUAGGGAUAUGUGUUUCUUAGGUGACGGAACACAUAUCGCUAGGGAUAUGUGUUUCCCAGGUGGGGGAACACAUAUCACUAGGGAUAUGUGUUUCCCAGGUGGGGGAACACAUAUCACUAGGGAUAUGUGUUUCCCAGGUAGAGGAACACAUAUCACUAGGGAUAUGUGUUUCCCAGGUGGGGGAACACAUUUCACUAGGGAUAUAUGUUUUCCAGGUGGGGAACACAUAUCACUAGGGAUAUGUGUUUCCCAGGUGGGGGAGCGCAUUUCACUAGGGAUAUCUGUUUUCCAGGUGGGGUAACAAAUAUUACUAGGGAUAUGUGUUUCCCAGGUGGGGGAACACAUAUCACUAGGGAUAUGUGUUUCCCAGGUGGAGGAACACAUAUCACUAGGGAUAUGUGUUUCCCAGGUGGGGGAGUGCAUUUCACUAGGGAUAUCUGUUUUCCAGGUGGGGGAACAGAUAUUACUAGGGAUAUGUGUUUCCCAGGUGGGGGAACACAUAUCACUAGGGAUAUGUGUUUCCCAGGUGGAGGAACACGUAUCACUAGGGAUAUGUGUUUCCCAGGUGGGGGAACACAUAUCACUAGGGAUAUGUGUUUCCCGAGUGGGGGAACACAUUUUACUAGGGAUAUGUGUUUCCCAGGGAACACAUAUCACUAGGGAUAUUUGUUUCCUAGGAGGGGGAACACAUUUCGCUAGCGAUAUAUGUUUCCCAGGUUGGGGAAUACAUAUCACUGGGGAUAUUUGUUUCCCAGGUAGGGGAACAUAUAUAUCACUAGGGAUAUGUGUUUCCCAGGUGGGGGAACACAUAUCACUAGGGAUAUUUGUUUCCCAGGAGAGGGAACACAUUUCGCUAGGGAUAUAUGUUUUCCAGGUCAUGGAACACAUAUCACUGGGGAUAUUUGUUUCCCAGGUAGGGGAACAUAUAUAUCACUAGGGAUAUGUGUUUCCAAGGUGGGGGAACAGAUAUCACUAAAGAUAUAAUCUUGGAUUAAAUCUUCACGAAAGAAUGUGAAUAAAUUAAAAGCGGUCACACUUUUGGGUUCCUUGUUGACAUUUAAAGAUAAGCAUUUUUUGAGGCUACAUUCUAAGUUUUAUGUCUUUUUGUUCUUGCAUAAUGUGGAUGGUAACAUCAUGGAUGUUAACAGCCUGAUGAUCGAGGAACGGUAAGGAAUGACUAUAACUAUAAUUUAUAAUACAUGUACAUAUGUACCUUUAAACAGUAACAGGAACAUUAAAUCUUUCUGCUUUUGGUGGAAAAAUUACUUUAAUGAUAACAGGGAAUGAAUUCCAGCACAAUAUUAAACAACCAUACUUUGGCUGUCAUAUAGAGUUUGUGAAAUAUUGAAUAAUGAAAUUUUUGGGGUUUUUCCUUCCAUCCAUCAUUAUUAAUGUAGAUUUAUUUUUGGUGCCCUUGAGUUUGUUUUUUAAGGGGAAAAGGGUCCAUACAGCUUAACCUUUUCAGCAUUAGGAGUGAUUUCUCCUUCCAAUAUCUAUACAUUAUGAGAAUUAAUUAAUAAAGUGAUUACCAAAGGAAAACUACUUGGAUUUUUUAUCGAAUACUCUUAAGUAAGUCUUUAAAGAAGUGUAUGGACGUCAGUCUAGAGAACUUGUACGUGAAUUUUGGGGCUUGCAGGGUUGAUUCAACCAUUUUUUGUGACAAAAUUAGAUUGUAAAUUUUACCAUUGUAAUCCUUAAGGCAUUUUAGAUAAGAUUUAGUGCAUAACUACCAUGUGGCACAAUUUUUUUGUAGGUUCUUAUUUGCGAUUUUUGUGAUUUUUCCAGUGAUCCACAAAAGUACGUUCCAGUAAAAAAAAUUACAUUUUUCCCACUAAAAUGUAGUCCAGAGUAAUUCUAUAAAUAAUCUAACUUAAAUUUGCCACAGAAACAAAACAUUGUAUGAUGAAUUACUGGUUUUAAACAGCGUGUCGCACUCUGCAGUAUUGUUUGAAAGUAUGUGUUUCUAUUGCACAUACUCCAUAAAAACAAAAAUAUUAUCAAUUCUCGGUCCGGUACUUUCUGAAAAUCACCAAAAUUAAUUCCUGGCAAAAGAAAAAGAAAAUCUGUCUUAUUUAUCACAAAAAUUAGUCCCCAUAAAACAAAGCAAAAAUCGCCAAUCUGCAAAAAUAAACUCCGGCAAAAAAAAUCGUGCCACACCAUAGUAUGCAUAAAUUUGAUUCUGUUUUAAUUAUCAUUGGAACCUUUGCCUAGAUCAAUGGUAUUGAGGUACUGAGAGUGUUAAGGCGAGGAGCAACUGCCAUCCAUUAUGUUUGUGAGGAAAUUCCAGAAGGCUCUGAAGUGGAUCUUGCUAUUGACUGGUCACGGAGAUUCGAUCACAUGCAACAACAUUCAGGCAAGCAUCUCCACAUGAUUUCAUCUUUGCUUGUAGGCCUCUCUCCUUUGCAUAGGUUCUCUGCAAGCUAUUCCAGUGAAACUAGUAAUGAUGAAAAAUAUGAUGAGUCUUCAGGACUUUCUUUUUUCCCUCUCCCAGUGAUUUUGUUACGUCUGCCCCCCCCCUGCAUCCCUGAGCCAUAAAAAUCCCCAAAGACGCAAAAUAAUUCCUGACAUGCGUCCCAUAGGACAAUUGGGUAACCUGUAAAUUUUCAGCCGUACAUCUCAAAAGUAGCGAUUGCAACAGCCGCGGAGUGUUAGAAGGAUUUGUAUGAGAGAAACAUCUUUCGCCACCCAGUCACACUUGAAUGGUUUUCCAUACAUAUCCUUGUAAGUAUUUCCUUAAGAAUUACGGGGCUCAAAUCUUCUUUUAAUUCAUAACAGGCAAUUUGAACCCUUAAAUGGGUAAGGGAAAUAUUUAACGGCCGUUAAAUCUCAGAAUUUACAAGGACGUGUAUGGAUUAGGGAAACCGCUCAAGCGUGACUGCAGGGUGGCAGGAGUUGUUUUUCUCAUACAAAUCCUUCUAAUUUUCGGCGGCUGUUGCAAUUGCUACUGUUGAGAUAUACGGCUGACAAUUUACUGGUUACCUAAUUUUAAUAUGCUCUUUCAGCUCGUGCUAACGACAUUUUUCAAAAGUGACCGGCUUUUGUGUUGACUGAAAGUUGAUCAGAUGACCAACUAAUACAACAGGCCUAUUAGUGACAUAUGAAUGAUGCUUCCUCAAUAACCUGCCUAGUCCCUGUAUAGUGUCUUCCCUGGCCUUCUUGGUCAAUCCAUUUCGGUGACAUGUCCUUGCUCGCACCACGUGACGCAAAACGCAUCAGCCGUGUCGAAUAAUGAGACCUAGGAACUAGGCAAUUAAAUAACCACCAAACUUCAAAACAUUGGGUAGGCUUUUUCAUUUUUUGCUUUUCUGUCCUGAUCAUUUUUUAGUCAGUGGCACUUUUGUUAAACAGUUUCUUUAUAUCAACCAGUGUGGUACUUUUUAGCCAGAUAAUUAGGUACUAGUCGUAGUUUACAACUGAUAAUUACACAUAUCUGUUAGACCUAUCGUACUACAUAAUUAUAAUCUUUGUUAUGUUAUCUCUUUUUAAGGACAACACCUAGUAUCUGCAAUCACUGAAAACAAGUUUGGCUAUGAGACUACCUCAUGGUGAGUAAGACUACAUGAUUUCCUGUGCAGUGUUUACAGUUACUAUAACCCCUUGUCCCCCCCUGUAACCUCCAUUAACCCCUUGUAACCCCUUGUCACCCCCUGUAACCCGUUGUCACCCCCUAUAACCCUUUGUAACCCCUUGUCACCCCCUUGUAACCCCAUGAAACCCUUUGUAACCCCUUGUAACCCGUUGCAACCCCUUGUCACCCCUUGUAUCCCCUGUAACCCUUGUCACCGCUUUUAACCCCCUGUCACCCCCUGUAAUCCCUUGUAACCCCCUGUAACCUUUGUAACCCCUUGUCACCCCUUGUAACCCAUUGUCACCCCUUGUAACCCCUCGUAACCCAUUGUCAACCCUUGAAACCCCUUGUAACCCCCUGUAGCCCCAUCUACCCUUUGUAACCCCUUGUAACCGCCUGUAACCCCUUGUAACCCCCCGUAACCCUAUGUAACCCUUUGUAACCCGAUGUAACCCUUUGUAACCCCUUGUCACACCCUGUAACCCCUUGUAACCCCCUAUAACCCCAUGUCACCCCUUGUAACGCCUUGUCACCCCCUGUAACCCCUUGUAACCCUCUGUAACCCCUUGUAACCCCUUGUCACCCCUUGUCACACCCUAGAUAAAAAAGAAGCCUUUAAAGAUUAUAAAAACAACUGUUUACGAAAAACGCAAAAUUAGAUUUUUUCCAAACGGGUUAGUCCAUUGUUUUGGUCAAAAAUUUGAGAUUUCUUCAACUUUGAUUUUUAUGCAAAAUAGACGAAGAAAAAGUAUGUGGGAACGUUCUAGUUAGAAAAAAGUUUCUAUGAUCCUUUGUAACCCCUUGUCACCCCCUGUCACCCCUUGUAACCCCCUGUAACCCCUUGUCACCCCCUGUAUUCCUAUGUCAUAGAUCGUGAAAAGAAAUCGUGAAAAAACGAUUUUCGACGUUUUAGAUAGCAAACAAGCCUUUCUGAACAACGAAAACAUCGGUUUCAAAAACCCACAAAAUUGGCAUUUUUGCAAAGGGGAUAGUCCAUGGUUUUGGUCAAAAAUUUGAAAUUUUGCUAACGUUUGCUUUUAUGCAAAAUACACCCAGAAAAAGUAUUUGGUGACGUUCUGGUUAGAAAACAAGCCUUUCUACACAAUAUAAAGGUGGAUUUGAAAAGAAGGCAAAAUUGACAUUUUUGCGAAGGGGAUAGUCCAUGAUUUUGGUCAAAAAGUUGAAGUUUUUUCGUCUUUUGUGUUUAUCAAAAAUAGAUCGAGAAAAAGUGUUUGCUGACGUUCUAGAUAAAAAAGACGCCUUUAAAGACUAUAAAAACAACUGUUUACGAAAAACGCAAAAUUAAAAUUUUUUCAAAGGGGUUAGUCCAUCGUUUUGGUCAAAAAUUUGAGAUUUCUUCAACUUUGAUUUUUAUGCAAAAUAGACGAAGAAAAUUGGCAUUUUUGCAAAGGGAAAAAGUGUUUGCUGACGUUCUAGAUAAAAAAUAAAUCGAAAAAAUAGUCCUUUUUUGUGUAAGACUAUAAAAACAACUGUUUACCAUGGUUUUGCAAAAUUAGAAUUUUUCCAAAGGGGUUAGUCCUUCGUUUUGGUCAAAAAUUAGAGAUUUCUUCAACUUUGAUUUUUAUGCAGAAUAGACGAAGAAAAAGUAUCUGGGAACGUUCUAGUUAGAAAAAAGUUUCUAUAGUCCUUUGUAACCCCCAGUAACCCCUUGUCACCCCUUGUAACCCUUGUAACCCGUUGUAACUCCUUGUCACCUUCUGUAACUCCUUGCAACCCUCUGUAACCCCUUGUAACCUUUUGUUACCCUUUGUACCCCCCUUUAACCCUUUAACCCCCUGUAACCCCUUGUCACCCUUGUCACGCCCUGUAACCCCUUGUAACCCUCUGUAACCCCCUGUUUCAUUUGUCACCCUCUGUAACCCCUUGCAACCCCUUGUAACCUCCUGUACCCCUCGUUGUAACGCCUUGGAUAGGAUAGGAUAGGAUAGCUGCUUUAUUAUAAACAGUGCGCCUACAGACACAUGUUUGUAACCACUUGUAACCCCUGUAACCACUCUUAGCCCCUUGCUACCCCUUGUUACCUUUGUUACCCCUUGUUACCACUUGUUCUCCUUGUUACCCCUAGUUACCUCUUGUUACCACUUGUUCUCCUUGUUACCCCUAGGUACCUCUUUUUACUCCUUGUUACCCUUUGUUACCCCCUGUUACCCCUUGUUAUCCCUUGUUACCGCUUUUUACCCCUUGGAACCCCUUGUUUCCCCUUGUUUCUUCCUGUUACCCUUGUUACCCUUUGUAACCCCUUGUCACCCCCUCUAGUCCCUUGUAACCCCUUUUAACCCCCUGUAACCCUUUUUUAACCUCUUGUCACCUCUGUAACACUUGUAACCGCUUGUAACCGCUGUGCUCACUCAAAAAAUAUUUUUAAAAGUUGAAGAAAAAUUUCGUACCUUCAAGCGUCCAUGUAAUUUUCUUUUUGUUAUAUAAGAUCCUCACAAUACAACAAAAGAUGUUUUUAUUCUUUAUUUGAAAAAGUAAAGGUUUGAAAUUGACUUCAAAAGCCUAAAGUCAGUUUUGUAAGUAGAAAAUGUAUAAGAAACAUCCAAACAUGUAAACAGAUAACUGCUAAGUCAAGAUCUCAUGUCACAAAUAGGUAGCCGCCCUGUGCGGGCAACCUUGAACAUAUUAUUUAUUUUAUAGGGAACUGGGAAAAUUGCGUUCUCAUAUAGAACUUAAAUGCAAAAAGCUGAGUGCAGAAGAGAUAGAGUGGAUAGAACAGACAGCUUAUCAGAUCAUAAGGGACAACACACCUGUUAAUGUUCAUGUGCACCCCAGUGCAGCUUGUCCUGAGCUACAGAAUGUAAGUUUGCAUAAACAGGGAAAGUAUGGAUAUAUAUAGUAGAGCAUGGGUAUUUAUAGUAGAGUACGGAUAGUUAUCGUACGGUAUCACCGUAGGGGAACACAUGUUACUGGGAAUAUGUGUUCCCGGGUAGGGGAAACACAUUUCACUAGGGAUAUGUGUUUCCCAGGUAGAGGGACACAUAUCGCUAGAAAUAUGUGUUCCUAGGUAAGGGAACACAGAUCACUAGUGGAAUGUGUUUCCCGGGUAGAAGAACACUAGUGAUAUGUGUAUCCCAGGUAGAGGAACACAGUUAUAAUUAUCGCUGGGAAUUGUUCCUAGGUGGGGAAAACUCAUUCCACUAGCGAUAUGUGUUAGCGGGAACACAUAUGAACACUUACUGUGACGUCGUAGUGAUAUGUGUCUCCUCUAACACAUACCCCAAGUGAAAUGCGUUUCCUCUACACGGAGACACAUAUCACUAUGUGUUCCCCUACCUGGGAAAUAUAUCACUAGUGAUAUGUUCUCCUACGCGGGAAACACAUAUCACUAGUGAUAUGUGUUCCCCUACCUGUGAAACACAGAUCACCAGUGAUAUGUGUUCCCCUACCUCGGAAACAUAUCACUAGUGAUAUGUGUUCUCCUAUCCAGGAAACACAUAUCCGGAGUGAUAUGUGUUCCUCUACCUAAAAAAGGAGAGAGAAGGUGUCGUCACAUCUGAGGAAUUUUAAUUUCGUCAUCGAAAAGGUCGAAGCAAAAUAAUGAUUGGCCAAGACGAAAUUUGGCAAUGACGCCAUUACUGUCCGAAACUGAGGAGUGACAGGCCAGAUACCUUUCUUCCCUUCCCUCAUAGCCCCCCAAAGAGAUUAAUAGUCCUUCCUCUUUCUCAAGACUGGCUUAAGUCACAGUUGAAACUCGAGUGUAAUUAUUAAGAGUGAAGAAAAUUGUUGUGUUUUGUUCCUUUUUUAACAUGUCAGGGAUUGACAGGAAUAUGUGUUGUGGAACACACGUCAGUAAUCUCAGUCAAGUGCAGGUACACAAUGUUGAAAUACCAUACACAUCUCUUUUUAAUCCCACUGUUAAAUGUGAUCCAAUUCGGAAGCACAUUCAGACACUUGGGAGCUUAAACAACUACGACGGCGACGGCAACAAGAAUGGCAAAAACCCAAUAGGUUUAGAUCACGUGCUCAUGCCUUUUUGUACAUUUCUUCGCCGUCACUGCACCUACGACGUGAAACUUCCUGAAUUCACGUUUUAUGGAGGACGGGAACACAUGACAACGAUUUUCAUUUUCUUUUUGUGAACUUAGAUUCAGUCCUUGAGAAUUCAACUCUUGAAAAAAAUCGCCAACAUUUGACAAAUUGAGAGUUGCAAUAAGAGAAAUGAAGUUUGAAACAGAAACAUUGCAAAUUCACUUUUUGGGUGCCGUUUUUGCUGCCGUUGCCGUCUUCGUUGUUUAAGCUUCCUAUUAACUAACAAACACAUCUCCAUGGCGGUCAUGAAUCCCGUCAUACUCUAUUGUUACAGUAAAACCCGCAUAUAAGAACCGAGACGUUUAGACCCAAUUCAAAUUUAGAAGGAUUUGUAUGGAGUCAUCAGAGCAUAACUGGGCCAGUAUCACAGAGACAAUUUGCCCCACAAGGCUAGUUUUUGGAAAGUAGGCCUCUUGGAUGUUGUUCUUUCAGAAUAUCCUGACAAAUCCCAGAAUUUCACAGUACUCUAUACCAGUUGCUUCAAACAUUUGCUUAGACUUGCUACAAGUCGACCUCUUGGCGAGCGGAGCGAGCCUUUUUGGCUGCGAAGCGGCCGACCGCGAGCGACGAAGUCGCGAGAGGUCGACUUGUCUCGCUUGAUGGGUUUCCAUUUGUAUUUCGCGCCAAAAAUGGGGAUUGGCGUGACUCGCAUUUGGGGUUUCAGGUUUCAUUUGCGAGUCCUUGACUUCAAUGGCGGAAUGUGCUGAUUCGACUCCGACUAAAUCUAUUGAACGAGGAGCAAAUUUGUUUACUUUGUGCGAAAGUUGUCUCUAACAAUGAUUUUAGGCGAAAGUUGAUGACCUCAGGGGGCCGGAAAAAAACAAAAACUUGUUUCAAUCUCGAGUCAAUACUGGGAAAGGAGAUUUCACAACCAAGGAAUCCUUGACAUCCGCACACAUUUUAAACCUACAGAUACUUUUCAAUACACGCAUUUCUCUUCCUGUAACCCUCACGGGGUCAGAACUAACUCCUCAGCUAAAUCCUUCUAUGAAAACAUCUACAACUUCAAAAAACGCCUUCGCGCUAGAGGUUACCCCCACAACCUCAUAGGAAAAAUCACUUCUGAGGUUAAAUUUGCCGAACGGAAGUCAGCUUUACAAAAGAACAAUGAAGUGCGGAAGAAAAUUCUGCCUUUCGUUACCACGUACCACUCUUCUUUGCAGAACCCUAACAACAUUUUAAUGAGCAAAUGGCACUUAAUUCAAGAUCACCCACUACUAAGAGAAAUAUACAACAAGCCUCCCAUCAGUUCAUAUAAAAGAGCAAAAUCGCUGGGAGAUAUCCUCGUUAGAGCAAAACUAUAAGGUCACGUAUCACACUAUCACGAACUUAUGAGUCAAACCGCAAGUCACGUUUCAGUGCGCUUAGUACAUGUGAGUGACAGCCUUAUCCCCAAGGGUCCUUGGGAGCUAUUCCGAUUGGUCCAAGCGCACCGACCCGUUUUUGGGUCGGUGAAAUUCGCGCCAAUCAAGUAUGAAAAGUCCUUCGUCCCGCGCCAUAUGAAAUCCGACGAAGGACUUUUUUGAAAGUCUAACAUUUGCUGUGUUACAGGUGUUUCAUCCCAAGAGGGGAGGGGGUAGGGUGUGGGUAUGCUUCCCCUACUGACAGUCAUAUAAUGGUCUCCCAGAGUAAACAUGUUUUUGAGGUACAUAUCAUUAAAGGACAAUAAUUACUGUUUGCAUUUACAGUUAAACCAGGUCAAGCGUUCCCGUCGCUAACGAACUAAUGAAUUCAUUGAUGGAAAAAUGAUUUCUUUUGUUGAUUCUAUAAUCCAUUCAUAAAAUGAAUAAUCCAACAGUCAAAUUGUACCUCGAUUCAAUAAUUAAAUGUUGAUUUGGUUUAUGAACAAAAUCUACCUGUUCUUUAUUCUUGUCUGUUGUGUUCAAUCGUAUUUGCUUCCCUUUUCCUUUCGUUUACGAUUGCGUUUUUCAUUGCCUUUAAUCAAAAUAACAGCUAGAAUAGACAGACCGCAAACGCAAAGAAACUGACAAAGGCCGAGGAUCGAAAUCCACCAAUCACCCCCCAACACUGACCUCAGUUUGACCGUCGUGUUUUCUAAGAGGUCAGGCCUAGGUCUGUUGCACUGAUUACUGGCAGCAAACUGGCGUACAGGUAACAGUUUGUUUGGGUUUGAACUUCAGAACUCGCCAGCACUCGACUCUCAGAAAAAAAAAGAGGAAAAAACAAAAUUCUGAGGUCAACUUGUGGAAAGUGUAGUUUUUCAAAAAACACUAAUCGAAUCAACAUUCGAUUAUGGAAUCGACGCUAAAUAUGAAUAUUGGAUUGUUCAGUUUAUGAAUGGAUUAUUGAAUCAACAAACGAAAUCAUUUUUCCAUGAAUGAAUUCAUUAGUUCGUUAGCGACGGGAACGCUUGACCUGGUUUGACUGUAAGGUCAUCAAACUGUUUCCAGAAACAGAAUCAAUGCGAGGUGGUACAAGACUGUUUUUCCUUGCUGGAGACAGGGUUCUAAAGUACCUUGGUAAAGCUUUAGAUAAUGAGAGAGCAUUGACUAGGAUGUUAAGGUAAGAGCUUGUUCAUGUGAGCUUUUUUUCAAUGGUCAAACCUUGGCUUAGGAUUUCAUCUUCAGACUUAAGAGUUAGAACCACUUUGUAACGGUAAAACAAUCCCACUGAAAAGUAUCGCUCUGUAGCUUUCAUCUGAAUGGUCACACUUUAGGAUUCAUCCAGACUCAAAAGUUAGAACCACCUUGUACAGCAUAAUAAAACAGCACCACAGGAAAGUAUUGUUCAGUAGCUUUCAUUUGAAUGGUCACAUUUUAGGGUUUCAUCUACAGACUUAAAAGGUAGAACCACAGGAAAUUAAUCCUCACUAGCUUUCAUUUGAAUGGUCACACCUCAGGAUUCAUCCACAGACUCAAAAGGUAGAACCACCUUGUACAGCAUAAUACACAGUACCACGGGAAAGAAGUGGUAUAGUCGUUGCUUUAUUUAAACGUCUUCUUCCCCAAUAAUGAGCUUCUUUUUGUUGAAGAGGGUUCACGCCCGAGAAAAAUUCUGUUGAUAAAUGGCGUCGGCUAUUACACCAGUUUCAGUUUUCAAACACUUCGACCUAUUUGAACUUUCAAGAAUUUAGUGAAUUAACAGCGUGUUGGUAACGUAUUAAACUUUUAACCGUGUAGGUAACAACCUAAUCUUGGGAAUACUUUGCUUAACUUUGCCAAUUUCGGCUCUUUAGACCACACUUAAACUUAUCUAUAGCAUGUGCACUCACUGGUAUUAAUCUGUUAUCCUUUUCGUAGUGUUGGACCAGAUGAUCACCCAUCAGCAGUGGAUCGUAUUCAAAACUCACUCAAGUCUGUUAACAAGGUACUUUCGACUACCGUGUCGUACCAAAUUUUUGCGGUUUUUCCAGCGAUCAGCAAAAAUAAGUUCCCGCAAAUAAAAAUUACUGCAAACAUUUUUGCCGCAAAAAUUUACUCCGGAGUAAAUAUUCUCUAACUUAAAUUCGCUUAUGUGUAUUAUUGUAGUCGUGCAGUGAAGGCAAAGAAAUGUACAAAAGAGCGUGACGCACGUACAACAACAACAACAACAACAACAAAUUUUAUUGAAAAUUGGAAAAUAUCUAAUUACAUUACUUUCCCACCCGCUAAUAGCUUAUAAACUAAUCGAGGCGGGGGGAGCUGAAGACAUACUACAAAACAAGGUUUGUAUAUAGAUGGACUAAAUAACAGUGAAGACACUACUAUACAGUAAAUAGAAUUUAAACUAACAUAAAACAAGGCAAGUGCUGAAUAAAGGUGAUGUCACACGGGACGAUUCGCAACUGCGAUUUUUAGCGCAACACAGCGUAGCAAUGCUGCGUUCUUGUUGCCGUCGCCGUCGUCGUUGCUAAAGCUCCCUACCUGUUUCGUGUGGACCGAGGGCCGAUUCGUGCAAAAAGUUCCGCAUUUCCAAAACUACCCGGAUUCGUGUUGACGACGUAGCCUAAAGCUUGACUGUCUUUUGUUCUGUUGAUUUUGUUCCACAGGUUACUAAGUCGCAGCUAAGAGAGCUUGCCCAGUUAGAAGCCUAUCAGCUUCAAUCCUCUAGCGAAACGAAAACAUACUUCUACAUACACAGGUAAUUGAAUAAGACGAGUUAAAGCAGUCGUUGGAGAUUGAGUUCAAGUUGGAGCAUCUAUAUUUGCGAUUAGAGUUCGAGUUCAAGUUCGUAUUCAAGAUCGACUUUAAAUUCGAAAUCGAGGUAGGCUGAAUCUAACAUCAUUACCAAGAAUAUUGAUUCAAGACAUUUUACUGAGAACGCAAGACAUGGCCAAUCUUACCGAGCAUUGUGUAGAUAGUUCUGUGGUUAUCGCGUUCAGUGUGUUUCAGUUUACGUAAUAAGAGAGAUUUUGCCUAGUCCUUAGGCCUCAUUUUUCCGCGCGGCCAGUGGUAUCGGAUAUGCCCCCGAAAUUCAGUGACCGAGAAUACCUGGGAAGACGCCGUACGAGGACUAACGGCAGGGCGCAAUUUUGAUAUUUUGUUGUGAUUAAUGUUUCGUACUUUUUGCUUUCAUUCUUCUUAGAGAGAAUGGAGAUAUGGAUUACAUGAAUGCACUGGUCAAUGAAUUGUCUAAACAAGUAAGUUCUCUUUGCCAACGUUUCUCGCAUUUCCUUGUUCUUUUGUUACUGUUUCAUUGUUGUUUCUGUCCCCCCUGUUCCCCUGGCUUUUCUUGUUUCCCCUAUUCCCCUUGUUCCCCUGUUCCACUUGCUCCCCCUGUUCCUCUGUUUCCUCUGUCCCCCCUCUUUAGUCUUUAGUCUUAAAGACUAAAUUCCUUUGUCCCUAGUCCUUUGUUUCCCUUGUUCACCCUAUUCCCCUUGUUCCCCCUUUUCCUCUUGAUCACCCUGUUCCCUCUGUUCCCUCUGUUUCUCUUUUUCCUUCGUUCUCCCUUUCUCUGUUUCUCUUGUUCCCCUUGUUCCCCAUUUUCCCUCUUUUUCCCUAUUUAUUUGAGUGGAGUGCGUGUAAACUAGCUGGAUACGCUAAUUGCACUUUCCACUAUAAACAAGCCUUUAAACCUUUUUUUCCUGUUCCCCUUGUUUCCCUCGCUCCCCUGUUUCCCUUGUCCUCCUUGUUUGCCUUGCCCCCCUUCUCCUGUUCCCUCUGUUCCUCUGUCGCCCUUGUUCUGCUUUUUCCCUAUUCCCCUUGUUUUCCCCGUUCUUCUUGUUUCCUCUCUCCCCCUUGUUUUCCCUGUUCCUCUUGUUCCCUCUUUCCCCCUGUUCCCCCUUUUUCCCUGUUCCCAUGUUCUCCUUGUUCCCCUGUUUUCUGUGUUACUUCUGUUCCUCUUGUUCCCAUUUUUUCCUUUUCCUCCUAUUCCCCUUGUUCUCCCCGUUUCCCUUGUCCCCGCUGUUCCUCUCUUUUCCCCUGUUCCCCUUGUUCUUCUGUUCCCCCGGUUCCCCCGGUUCCCCCGGUUCCCCACGAUCGCCUUGUCUUCCCCUUUUCCCUUUUUUCCUGAUCCCCUUCUUCCCCUCGUUUCCCUGUUCCCCUUGAUGCCAUGUUCCCUCAUUUCCUCUGUUGCCCUUGUUCCCCCUGAUCCCCUUGUUUCCCCUUUCCCUUUUCCCCCUCCUCCCCGUGUUUCCCUGUUCCCCUCGUUGCCUUGUUAUCUUAUUCCCGCUGUUUCCCUUGCUCCCCUGUUCCCAUUUUUCCCUAUUCUUCUUGUUCCCGCUGUUCCCCUUUUUGCCCUGUUCUCCUUGUUCCCUUUGUCCUCUCUGUUCCCCUUGUGCCUUGUUAUCUGUUUUUUAUCUUACCACCGUAUCAGAAACUUGGAAAAUGAACUUUGUGUCUUUUUAAACUUUUUUUCAGCCUCGGCUUGUUCUAGUAACAGUAGGACCCGACAAAGGACCCGGGCAGUUCCUUCUUUUUGGAGACGAGAAGCAAGUGUCACAGAUAGGCCCAAAGUAAGUACUGUGACAAAAUGUUCUAAGAAUUGUUGCUGGCUAUUUACAAGCGUGGCCGAGGAUUUCAACUCGGAGCUGCCAUGAACAAAUCCAGAUAGCGGUCAGAGCGGGACUUGAACUCGGAGCCUCCAAAUUGCAAGUCCAGCGCUCUAACCACUCGGCCACGCUGCCUGCCAACUGAUUCGUAAUCGAUAACGAUUAGUCUGAAGAAUUUGUAUCUUUAUUGCAGCUUAAUUGGUUAAAUGGGUUAACUUCGGAGAACAAUACAACCCAUACCCCUCUCCCCCUUCAUUCAAAGUUGUGUUUUUUACAGGUAGCUCGAACAGCGGCACCACAUUGCAUAGGGAGGGUGGGGGAGUGAUUGAGUUAUUUUCACCUUUUUUGUCCAUGAAAUAGGAGAAAGGCCUUUGAGGCGAAGUGUCUCAACUAUUGUCACUGCAUACAGAAUAAGCGCAUCAUGGAUUGUGACUCUAAACCUUUAGAUUGCACUGUGCUUUCAUGUCUCUUGGGCAGGGAUGAUGCUUUGCUGUCCAUCUGCUUAAAUUCCCGUGUUUUUCAUCUAUCGGUAUCAUUGGGCCUUUUGUCGUCCCACCCUCCUUCCCUCGUGCCGGUUGACGAGGCCACCUUUUCGCCCGCUGCUCACCUUGUUAUCGCAGUUGUCACCGUCUCCUCCCAUAACUUAGUAAUGACUAAUUUAGUUGCCGAUUGAGUGUUCUCACAGGAAAAUCUGUUUUAUUAAUCAUGCUCUACCUUAGCCAUAUUUAUUCACUGAUCUCUGUUACGUUGAACAGAAUUGCUGCUGUUUUUGAAGGCAAAGGCGGCAGGAAAAAGGGAAGAUACCAAGGCAAAGCAAACACAUUGAAGACAAGAAGUUCUGCUGAAGAUCUUCCAAAGGAAUUCACUUCGAUAUUAGUUAACGAGAGUUAACCCAGCAGUUACAAAAAUCUUCCUAGAAAUGGACAAUUUUUUCACAGUUUUAGAAUUCCUAGAAUAGUCCCGGAUUUCAUAUAGCCGCAUUAAGUCCUUUCCCUGUCCUUUCCUCGCUAAAAUGCCAUGGUCUGACUUUGUAGAGCUUUUUCACAUGAUGUCAUGUCCGCCAUAUUGGUGUCCCAAAACAAUGAAACAGCGGCUAGUUGGCGUCCCAAACAAUUUCUUAUGUAAGACCCUAUUU